GGGAAGCAUCUAAAAUUAGCAGCAUCACAGAACAGGCCACUUUGCUCGCCUCGACUCCCAUCAGUCUGCACAGCCCUCGGCCACAGGCUCUUUCUCACUGUGGUUUUUCAAAUGUGACGGUCAAUUUAUAAUGGACUAAGCUCUGCAGCACUGACCAGCGGCUGAAAUUGGUGGCUUAUGCUCAUUUUAAUUGCAAGACUGUGAAACAUGGUGCACAGCAGCCUGGGCAGUAUGAGUUUAGUGGAUAUCUCCAAGAUCUUUUCUAUGCUCCAACCAAAGGAGGAUGAGGAAGACAAUGGUGAGCGGGUGGCCAUCAACCAGGCGGUUUCCAGUGAUGAUGACCAGUUGCUUCUGCAACUCUUGUCACAGGAGCGUUACAGAAAGUUCAUCAACAGCAGGAGUGGCUGGGGUAUCCCUGGGACCCCCCUGCGCAUGGCUGCCUCUAGGGGUCACCUGAGGUGCGUGGAGGUUCUCCUAGCACAUGGCGCUGAGGUGGACAGCUUAGAUGUGAAGGCCCAAACACCUUUGUUUACGGCGGUCAGCGGGAAGCACUUGGACUGUGUCCAAGCUUUACUGAGAGGAGGAGCGGACCCCAAUGGCAGCAUCUACAAUAAUUGUUCCCCUGUACUCACAGCAUCCAGGGAAGGGGAUGUGGAGAUCCUGAGGGAGCUUUUGGAGCAUGCUGCGGAGGUAAAUGUAAGAGCUAAAGUUCCUGACUGGGCUUCAAAUGCUUCUGCUUGCACUGGACCGUUGUACCUGUCUGCGGUCUAUGGGCACCUGGACUGCUUUAAACUGCUGCUGCUUUAUGGAGCUGAUCCAGACUUCAACUGCACUGAACAAAGGCUUCUUGCCAAGAUCAAGCAGCCCAAGACUGUACUAGAGAUGUGCCUUAGACAUGGUUGUGGAGCCGAGUACAUCCAGCUCCUGAUAGACUUUGGAGCAAACGUCUACCUCCCCACGCUCAUUAUUGACAAGACCACUAAGCAGAAUGAGGCAGUAGAGCUUCUCAUAAAGGAAAGAGUUAUUCCAAAAUCUCUGAUGUCCCAGUGCCGGCUUGUCACUCGCCAUUACUUAAGAAUGGCCAACAGAAUUCAUUCCAUUGAGGACCUGGAUAUCCCAUCUGCUUUAAAGAGCUUCUUGCAGCACAGAAUCUGAUGGGCUGUUCUCAGUGAUUGGAGGGAGGGGGCGGGACACAGUGUUGUGACCCUUAAACAGUCCUCAAAUAUUUAUGAUAAAUAGCACAAACUGCCCUUUGGGUUCUCUUAAAACCAAGAGACCAUUUCUCCAUGUUGAGUUCACACAGCAGGGCUACCAGCAGGCUCAGGUUUACAGGGCUCAAUUGCUCCAAGCAUUGGAUGGAAUGAACACUUGCAGCCUGUGUAUAUCUGACAAUCAGACUUUUCUGAUCUUGCCUUUUGCUUAAUUUGACUGUAUGCUUAUUGUGAUUUUCUUUUUCUCUGUUUUAUUUUAAAAAAAAAUUACUCUCUUUCUGCUGAAGUCACUUCACUGUCUUAGUCCUUUCUCUUUAUUUCAGAG